AUGCCGCGGGCCCACCCCCGCCGCCGCCGCCUCCUCCCCGUCGCCGCGGCGGCGGCCGCCCUCGCGCUCCUCGCUCUGCUCGUCCUCCUGCCCACCGCGCCGCCGGGGGGACCCGCGGCCCCCGCCUCCCUCCUCCGCGCGGCCAUCGCCGCGCACCCGUCCCCCGCCUCCUACGCGCACCCGUGCGCCGACCACCUCUCCCUCUCGCUCCACCGCCUCCGCGCCGCGCUCCCCGCGCUCGAGUCCGGCGACCUGCCGGCCGCGCUCCACCUCGCCUCCGCCUCGCUCCAGUGCCAGUACGACUGCUCCCACCUCCUGUCCCUCCCCGCCUUCCCCUCCCACUCGCUCACCUCCCGCUUCCUCAACUCCCUCACCCCGCAGACGCUAACCGCAUACCCCAAACCCGCCUCCUUCUACUCCACGGUCGCAGCAUUUCCGGCGAGGGUCCGUCCGGCCGCCACCGUCUGCAAGUCCAAUCCGGCGUGCGACUUCUCCAACGUGCAAGACGCCGUCAAUGCCGCGCCGAAUUACACUGCCGGGCACUUCCUCAUCACCGUCUCUGCAGGUAUAUACAAGGAAAACGUCGUAGUUCCGUUCGAGAAGACCAACGUUUUGCUGGUGGGCGAGGGAAUGGGGGCUACCGUGAUCACUGCCUCACGGAGCGUGGGGAUCGAAGGGCUCGGCACUUAUGACACCGCGACGGUGGCUGUCGUCGGCGAUGGCUUCCGGGCGAGGGAUAUCACAUUUGAGAACACUGCUGGGGCAGGAGCUCACCAGGCGGUUGCGUUCCGGUCAGACAGCGACCGGUCGGUGCUGGAGAAUGUGGAGUUCCGAGGGCAUCAGGACACCUUGUAUGCUCGCACAAUGCGGCAAUUGUAUCGCCGAUGCCAUAUUACUGGAACUGUGGAUUUUGUAUUUGGGAAUGCCGCAGCUAUGUUUGAGGAAUGCGUGAUUGAGACGGUGCCGCGGGCAGAGGGUUCCGGGAAGAGCGCACGCAAUGUGGUGGCAGCAAAUGGGAGGAUUGAUCCAGGGCAGACCACAGGGUUUGUGUUUCAAAAUUGCACAGUGGAUGGUAGCAAAGAUUUCGUUGUGUUGUUCCAGGCAAAGCCGCAAUCGUACCGGCUCUACUUGGGGCGUCCAUGGAAGGAGUAUGCAAGGACACUAUUUGUCAGCUGUUAUUUAGGCAAGGUUGUCAGGCCGGAGGGUUGGUUUGCUUGGCGAGGGGAUUUUGCACUCAAGACACUGUAUUAUGGGGAGUUUGAUAGUCGAGGCCCUGGUGCAAAUCAGACAUCAAGGGUCGGGUGGAGCAGUCGGACAUCAGAACAGCAUGUCACAUUCUACUCAGUAGAGAACUUUAUUCAAGGACAUGAAUGGAUUGCGUACUAA